GCCCCGAGGGCUGCUGCUCCCGCCUCCUUCCUGCCGCCGCGACCCCGGGCCCUAGCGGCCCGAAGAGCAAGCAGGGGGCAGAGGCAGGCGGGCCAUGCCCUGGUCGCCCCGCGCCAGACCCCUGUGGGACUUGGUCCUGGGCGCCUUGGGCACCUUCGUCUUCCUGCUGGACCUGGGCGCCGACCUGUGGGCCGCCGUGCAGUAUGCGCUCAGCGGCCGCUACCUGUGGGCCGCGCUGGUGCUGGCGCUGCUGGCCCUCGCCUCGGUUGCGCUGCAGCUCUUCAGCUGGCUCUGGCUGCGCGCCGACCCCGCCGGCCUGCACGGGCCGCAGCCCCCCGGCCGCUGCCUGGCGCUGCUGCAUCUCCUGCAGCUGGGCUACCUGUACAGGUGCCUGCAGGGCCUGCGGCAGGGGCUGCGGGUGUGGCGGCAGGAGGCGCCCUCCGACUUCCACGCGGCCUACGCGGACUUCCUGUCCCUGGACAUCAGCAUGCUGCGGCUCUUCGAGACCUUCCUGGAGACGACGCCACAGCUCACGCUGCUGCUCGCCAUCGUGCUGCAGAGCGGCGGGGCCGAGUGCUUCCAGUGGGUCGGCAUCUGCACGUCCUUCCUGGGCAUCUCGUGGGCGCUGCUGGACUACCACCAGGCCUUGCGCACCUGCCUCCCCUCCAAGUCCCCCCUGGGCCUGGGCUCCUCCGCUGUCUACUUCCUGUGGAACCUGCUGCUGCUGGGGCCCCGGGUCCUGGCCGUGGCCCUGUUCUCGGCCCUCUUCCCCCGCUACGUGGCCCUGCACUUCCUGGGGCUGUGGCUGGUGCUGCUGCUCUGGGUGUGGCUUCAGGGCACAGACUUCAUGCCAGACCCCAGCUCAGAGUGGCUGUACCGGGCCACGGUGGCCACCAUCCUCUAUUUCUCCUGGUUCAACGUGGCUGAGGGCCACACCCGAGGCCGGGCCACCAUCCACCUGGCGUUCCUCCUGAGUGACAGUGUUCUCCUGGUGGCCACCUGGGUGACUCACAGCCCCUGGCUGCCCGGCGGGAUCCCGCUGCACAUAUGGCUGCCUGUGGGAGGCGUCUGCUUCCUCUUGGGUCUGGUGUUGCGCCUUGUCUACUACCACUGGCUGCACCCUUGCUGCAGCUGGGAUCCUGACCGGGUGGACGGGGCCCGCGGGGCCCGCAGCCUCCUCUCCUCUGAGCUGGGUCCGCUGCCCCAGAACAGGCGCAUGACCCAGCUGGCUAAGAACUUCUUCCCCAAGGCUAAGGAUGAGGCUGCUUUGCCGGGGAAGGGAGAAGUGAAUGGGGUUCUUUGAGGCAGGGUGAGAGAGAGCCCGCCACAGCAGCCUGCCGUGCACACAGUGAAACGGGGCUGGGCCCAGUUGUGCAGAGGGUGCCUUAGGGAGAGAAGACUGCCUGUUCCUGUUCUCUUCCCCUAACCAGAGCAGUGGGGGCCCCAGAGCUCCCCACAGCGGGCACUUCCGUCUCCUGGCCCCCUCUAAAAUAACCGGUGGAGGUGCUGUCCCGUCCUGGGUUCCCUUCUCCCACACUGGGGGCCCCAGGACCCCCAGGGGGUGCUCUCUAGAAUGCUCCCUCUCCACACCUCCAUUUGGUGCCUUCAACAGCUGUCUCUAUUGAGAGCAUUUUCUGGGUCAGGAACAUCCUUCAAUCCUUGUAACCCAGAACCAGAGCGGCUGCCAUCCUGGCCUCAUCCCUUACCUGUUCCGAACAAGCCUGUGAGCCGGGGAAGCCUGGUGCUGGGUGGUCCCUGGUGGCCCCUCCAGAGGCUUGGUGCGGCUGGCCCAGCCCCUGUUCUGCUCGCAGGAGGCUGCCUUUCCACCAGGUGCCAUGGGGACCUGUGUCUGGUCGGGCACAGCCGUUGAGUGUUUUUUUUCUUUCGCCAGCGUACUGCCUACCUCAGAGUAUGCACCUCCGUCCUGGCCCGUGACAGACACUAUGUGUUGUUUGACAGUAUUAUUAGGUUUAGUAAAGCUUCGUGGAAUCCUCCAA